AUGGCGCCCGCCGCGCCCUCCCGCCAGUCGCCCACCUCGGCAACCGACAUCGAAGCGACCUCAACGCUCAAGCUCGGCGACUUCGCCGACAUCCCCUGCCUCAACAUCUCCGAGGCGCGCAUCAUCCUGCAGAAGACGCUCGACACGCGCAAGUCGAAAGGUGCGGUGAUGCGCGAGACCGAGACCCUGAUCAAGACGCGCGACUACCUCGAGAUCUUCAGCGUGUUCAAGGAGAUCCCGGAUUCGCAGGCGCUCGAGGGGAUUGUCAACGUGUUUGGCGGGAAGGGCUUGACGAAUUUUGAGAAGAGCGCUAUUGGGAGCCUGGUGCCGAGUUGUGCGGACGAGGCGAAGACUUUGAUACCGAGCUUGGUGGGGAAGCUGUCCGAUGAUGAUUUGGAAGAUCUGUGUCGGCAGCUGCAGAGGUUGAAGUUCCAGGCUCAGCAGCGGUAA